CCAAAGCAAAGUAAUCCAGACCACAGGAAAACCACAAAGAGGGAGACUGGGUAUCUAAUCACUCCACGAUGCCUUUAAAUUGCUCUAGCCUGGUUUUCAGAGUCCCACAUAUCCUGGGACAAACCAGAAUAACCAACACCAAGAAGUUAACAUCAACAACCUAUAUAGGAAACUGCUUCCCAAAGCAUAGGAAAGAAACCCCCCAAAACAAGUCCUUCCACAUUGUUUCUCAGUUGAAGUUUAACCAAAACUACUCUUCUUCUUCUUCUUCUUCUUCUUCAGUAAUGGAAGACCAUAGAAACCUUGCUCUUUCAUCUCCAGGACCAGAAAAAUAUUCCAAGGAACUGGAUGUUGCUGUCAGGGCUGUCCAGAUGGCAUGUUCACUCUGUCAAAAAGUUCAGGAAAGUUUGAUUUCUAAAGCCAACAGUCCAGUUCAUUCCAAGGAUGACAAUUCUCCUGUCACAGUGGCUGAUUGGAGUGUUCAAGCAACGGUAAGCUGGAUACUUUCUGAAUCCUUUGGGCGUAGAAAUGUGUCUAUGCUUGCUGAAGAAGAUGUUCAAAGCCUCUCUAAGACUGAUGCAACUGGCCUGUUAGAUGCUGUGGUGAAAACAGUGAAUGACUGUCUAACUGAGGCACCACUUUUUGGGCUUAAGGGUCCGGAAACGCCACUUGGGAGUUCAGAUGUUCUUGAAGCCAUUAGUCGAUGCAAUUCAAAUAGAGGUCCUACUGGAAGAUUUUGGGCACUCGACCCUGUUGAUGGAACAUUGGGGUUUGUACGUGGUGAUCAGUAUGCUGUUGCUUUAGCAUUAAUAGAGGAUGGAGACGUUGUGCUUGGUGUUCUUGGUUGCCCAAAUUAUCCGAUGAAGAAGGAGUGGCUAAGUUAUCACCAUCGCUAUCACAGAAUUAUAUCUAAAUUGACCCCACCAGCAUCUGAAUCAUGGGAUAAAGGUUGUGUGAUUUAUGCAAGGAAAGGUAGUGGUGAGGCUUGGAUGCAGCCUUUAUGCCAGAAGAAUAAGCUGCUAGCCUGGCCAAACUCUGCAAUACCUGUUCGAGUAUCCUCCAUUGACAAUCCAGCAUUGGCUACCUUCUGUGAACCAGUUGAGAAGUCAAAUUCAAGCCACUCCUUCACAGCAGGAUUAGCUCAUAGUGUUGGGCUUAGGAAGCAACCUCUGCGUGUAUACAGCAUGGUGAAAUACGCAGCCAUAGCUCGAGGGGAUGCUGAAAUAUUUAUGAAGUUUGCCAGGACUGGAUACAGGGAAAAGAUAUGGGAUCAUGCAGCUGGUGUGAUUAUCAUGCAGGAGGCUGGUGGUGUGGUAACUGAUGCAGGAGGAUCUCCUCUGGACUUUUCGAAGGGUAUAUACUUAGAAGGUCUUGAUCGAGGUAUAAUUGCUUGUUCCGGAGCCAAACUACAUGAAAAAAUCAUCAGAGCUGUUGAUGCCAGCUGGAACUCCUCCUGUCUAUAAUCAUUUUACCUUAUACAUUGAUUACUAGAAAGCAAUAUGCUUGAUAAGAGUGAAGAUGCUAUGAAAUAGUCUUUAUGUUUAUUUCUGUUUGUGAAGCUCAAGAUAUCAGGCUGCUUGAGCAUCAACCGAGAGUUGGAUUUCAUUUUAAGUUGUUCCCCCCCUGUAUCAAUGCCACUGUAAAUAUUUUGCAACAAGUACAUUAAGAAUUAAUGUUCAAAAAGUUUUUUCAACUCC